AUGAAGACAUGGGAGCCGAGACCGGAGUCAUCAGCUCUGAGGCACAGCUCCACGUGGGACGCCAGGGGCCGCCAGAAGCUGGAGGAGAUGUGGGAGGAUUCAGAUGGAGACGCCCUACACGUUUUGGACUUGCGGCCUCCAGAACUGCUGACGCUACCGGGCUCGAGAGGCUGUUUGCAGAGUGAGCUGAAGAUGAAUACCAGAGGACUUGGAGCUCAGCUAAAGGACAGUAUUCCAGUUACUGAGCCAUCAGCAAGCGGACCUUUGGAAAGUCAUGAUCUUCGAAAAGGUUUUUCUUGUGUGAAAAAUGAACUUUUGCCCAGUCAUCCUCUUGAAUUAUCAGAAAACAAUGUCCAGCUCAGCCAAGAUAAAAUGAAUUUUUCCACACUGAGAAACAUCCGGGGUCUAUUUGCUCCACUAAAAUUGCAAAUGGAAUUCAAGGCAGUGCAACAGGCUCAGCGUCUUCCAUUUCUUCCAAGCUCACACCUUUCACUGGAUAUUUUGAGGGGUGAUGAUGAGACUGUUGGGUUUGAAGAUAUUCUUCAUGACCCAUCACAAAGUGAACUAAUGGGAGAACCACACUUGAUGGUGGAAUAUAAACGUGGUUUACUGUAACGCACUGAGCUGACCAUGGAAAUGGAGGGGCUACAUCUUGUUUAUAGUCGUCUUUUUGCUAUAAUUUUAUGUAUACAACAUUAAAAGUACUGACACAUGAGAAA